AUGUCGUUGAAAAAACACAUUUUAGUCGGUCUGUUUAGCUGUAUUCUCGUAAUGGGUGCCGCCCACGGGCCCCCCAAGGACCGUGAUAAUGAAGACGUCGCUAUGGGCCGAAAGUCGGGCUGCCGGCGAAGAUUCGAUGACACGAGCGAUUUCGGCGCGCGGAAGCAGAUGGGAGCCAAAUGGUGCAGCAUGGCAAAAGUCUGCAACCACGACCGUGUACCAAUCUGCGGGUUGUCACACGCCGGAGAUAUUAUAGGCUUUAGAGACCUGUGUGACAUGUUCGACUAUAACUGUAUUAGAAGAAGAAAUUACAAGCAGACAUCGUGCCCGGAUGAUAAAACUUUGUUAACUGUAUCGCGCAGACCCACCUCCAGUUAUUUCGAUGACUGA